AGCAACGGCAACGGCCAAGUCAGCGAACAGCUGUAGCUGUCACGAAUUCACGAUUUUCUGUUGUUUCGGGCUCCGAACAUUUCAAUUGAUUUCAAGUCGAGUAGUCCACGUUUGUUAAGGCCAUUCAGGCUAACGCGUAAUCCCGCAACAAAGAUUUUCCCAGAGUGUAUUGACUGAAUCGAAACGGUACGUGAUCUCGAAUGCAUUUCAACAUUUACAACCGAAAUGGUGAAAUUUCUGUGAAGGAUCGUCGCUUGGUUCGGGCGAUUGCAGUGUCUCUGGGUGCACGUGUUUGGUUGAUCAAUAAAAUAUCUUCAACGCCGUCUGGAUUAUUUGUGUUUUCUUGACAUUUUCAUUAAAGAAAUGGCUGGUAAAUAGGUGACCAAAGCACUUGGACCGACAAUGCCUGGUCAAAACGAUGGACAAACAUCGCCGGUCGACUUCAGCCGGUAGAUCAACAAAAUGGACGUUGCUGCUUGCGAUACUUGCAGAAGUCUCCUCCACGCAUACCCGACAUGGAGACGGAUUGAUCACCCAAAGAACUCGCUCAUUCACGCCGAGAAACUGCCUCCUCACCAAUCACAACGUGCUGCAAUGUCGCAACCGAACCACAGAAAAUCUGUCGCUACCCGAGGACGUCACCCGAUUGGAUCUCGAUCACGUGCCAGGUUCCCGCCUGGACGUAAAAGACAUACGCCACUUGAGGUGGACGCGCAGUGACAUCGCUGACAUCAACGAAGCCCUGAUUCAUCCUCAGAAACUCACAGAACUGGAGUUGUCAUAUAACAACAUCAGCCAUCUGCAAAACUUCCAGUUCCGCGAGUUCAACAGCCUCCGUUCUCUCAACUUGUCCCACAAUUCCAUAAACGAUCUUCCGAGGGAAGCAUUUAACAAUCACAGCACGAAACUGCGCAAGCUAUGUCUCUCUCACAACUCCCUCAAAGCUAUACCCUUCCAAGUAUUCUCGCCUUUGAACGACACAGUCGAGCUCGACUUAUCCUACAACCAUCUGGUCACCUUCCUCGAUCACUUCUUCAAAUUCAACAACAACAUCGAAGUGCUGCUACUCAACAACAACAAUCUGACGAAAAUCACUUCGAACGCUCUGGCGGAUCUGACCAAACUCACGAGGCUAGACCUCUCCUACAAUUCCCUGCAAUCCAUAUCCAUGGGGCUAUUCGACUCGCUCAGCAACCUCUUGUACUUGAACCUAGCCAACAAUCCUCUGCUGAACAUGGCGAGUGGUACCUUUAGAGGACUAGGCGACUUAAGGGUGCUGAACCUCAGCAACAACAAGCUCAGCUCACUUUCUUUUGGUCUACUGCACUUCAGCCCUCUGCUAACCUCUCUCACCCUGGAUGACACUCUGAUCGAAGUAAUCCACAAUACAGAACUCCUAGGAGUGCCUAACCUCGAGACGCUGAACUUGCGUAGAAACAAGAAACUCAGAGAGAUAGAGACUUACGUUUUCGCUGACACUCCGGUACUGCGUGAGCUCGACAUCAGUGGCAACGAUCUGACGUUCCUACCACACACUAUCGCCAAUCUUACGGAGCUGAAGAGGCUCAACAUCAGCGACAAUCCCUGGGCUUGCGACUGCCGCAUGUUCUGGUUCGCCCCAUGGGCAGCCAGCAAAAAGAAAUCCAACAUCACCAUGUCGGAUCUCAGUUGUGGUCCGUACGCUUAUCCCAAUGACAUGUUGCCUACACUCCAGCACCUCAAUUGCAUCGGCCCUAGGGUCGUUUACAAGACCCCCACCAAGCUUUACAGGCUAAGAACGAACGCCCUUCUUGAAUGCAGGUACGUUUCCAACCCUCCUUCGUCUAUAACGUGGGUCACCCCUCGAAAGGAGGUCUACCAUUGGAACCCGGACCCUAGUAUUCCCGAUAUUUUUGCCAAACACCCACACGCUCACAGCCAAAUAAUGACACCUUUGAGAGUCAUCCCACCUCGUAUUCAAGUCCUUGACAAUGGCACUCUUUUAGUGAAAAAUGUUACCAGAGACGAUUGCGGCAGGUACACUUGUUAUGCCAGCAAUCCCAUAGCCAAUGCUACUGAGGAUGUGUUGUUGCACAUCGAUCCCACUGAUUGGAACCAGAUCAGGAUCAUCAGUCUGAUCGUGGGAACCCAAAGUGCGGCGGGGUUUUUGGGGCUGACGCUGCUUGUACAGUUCCUGAGAUAUCUGAUGGAUAAGUUUGGUUUGCUGAAUAAUUUCUGCAGUUUUUGUAAGCGCGAUCGAGUUUCACCAAGGGCAAGGCAAAUUUAUGCCAUGCUGGAUAAUAUUGAGCAAUAUAAAAGUCAACAACUCGAAAGGCUUCGAGAGAAUUACGCCCAACAGGUUCAUCGAAUUAAAGACAACUGCGCCCAACAAAUGGAAUGGAUUCAAGGCAGUUAUCAGUCUCAAGCUAAACACCUCAAGGACUUCAGGGAUAUCGGGGCUUCCCAUUUAACCACCUUACGUGGACAAUACUGCGAUCAGGUCAAGAAAGUCCGAGACUAUUCCACCUCUCAACUCAACUGGGUGCGCGAAAACUAUGUUUUCCAACGCAACAAGAUCAGAAAAUUUAGCUCCCACAAGGUCCUACAGCUGCGAGAGACCUACAAGUACCAACAGCAAACUCUCAACAAGGUCCUCGAAAACCUCCCCAGCCUCUAUUUCGAAAACUGCCGAGCCGGCACUUGUGGCAAAGCGGAAUCUCUCAUCUUCGAUCCCAAAGACUACGAAAGCGUCGACGUCUACAUCAAAUCCCAAAUGGAAAAACUAGCCAAUACUAGCACCAGCACUAAUGACAUGACUCAGAGCAGGAUGUCGCUGUACUACACCCCCUCGGAAAUGUCUGCGGCAGACACCCCUAGCGGCAUCCCCCCGGGAAUCUACAUCAAUUACAUCGAAAACCCCCCCAGAGGCAUUCUGCUGAUGGAGGAACCGAGCACCUCCAAGCACGCGGUCAUCAUCGAGGAUAGCUUCGCGGAAGGCUCGAAGCCCGGCUGCAGUUCCGAGCUGCGAGUCGAAAACGAGAUCACCCAAGCUCGGAUCGAGAUCGCCCGAGUCGAGAACGAGAUCGGCCGAGCUCAGCCGAGCACCAGCGCAGGCGCAGAAAAAAUGGGGAAGGUGGAGCACGAGACGUCGCUGUGUCACAGUGUAGGAACUGCCUCACUAGUGCCAACGUAGCAGCUAGCUCUAAGAAUAACUUUCUGUUUGUUCCAUUUUAACGAAUUGCCAAAAGACUUAAUUUUCAAAUGGGUGCAAACCAGUGUUUUUUUUUUCUUUUAGGAUAUUGUUCGACACUAUGUAGUCAUUUUGUUGAAAGACUGACUAUCCUCGAGAAAAAUCAAACAAGUGUUCCUCACUUCCUGUGAUUUUCAAAUGCGCUACCUACGUCAGAAAAUGUUAUGGAAACAACGAUUAUUUUCACUACAUAUUUCACAAACUCGAAUAGAUCUUUUGAGGGUAGUCGUUCAAAUUUUUCCAAUUGUUUUGCAUGGAUGUUUUCAUCAUUUCUCUAGAACACGAAACAAAAAUCGUAGCUCACAGUUUGAUGUUUCCGGAAGUAGAUAUCUAUAUAAUCAUUAGGUAAUCUCAAGGAUUUAGAAAUAGAGUAUAGAGUUAGAUAAUGGUAAAUUGAAUUUCCUCAUAAUGAUUUUGAUGUUAUAAUUUUCGAGUAAUUUAUCAGCCAUAUUUCCCCAUGAAUUAUUCAACAUAUACAAGUGGUUGCUUAUAAGCUACUUAGAAGCCUAAAUAAUUGUUGAAACUUUCGAAAUUCUAACUCUUACUGUUGUAGAAUAUUCGUAUUACAAUAUAUUUUUCUAAAAAAAGCGCAAUAUUCAAGUACUCCAUUUAGAUAUGUUGACAGAAUAAUUCAUGUAUGGGAUAUAAAUCUACACAGGUAGAAGGGGGAUUAUUUUCUAAUACAAUGGGAACCAAAAUAUGGAUAAAAACACAAUACUAUUUUUAUUAUGACGGAUAUUUGUUGUCCUCUUGUGAACGUGAUUUAUUUGAAUAUACAAUUGAAUACUGUAGUAGCAUCUCAUUAAAUAAAAUUGUACGAAGC